AUGCAAACGGGCGCCUUAAAGAUCGGGUGCACCACUGCGACACGUUGGAGCAUGCCAUUCAAAAGGUGUCCCGGCACACCGAGUGGCUCAUGCGGGAGUUUGAGAUGCAUACGUCGUACCACUGCGACAGGCGGCAAAACACGUGAAAAAAGUGCGAAUCCAAUACUCACAGAAGUUAUUUUCAGUGCACAUCAGUUCAGAUGCGUUCGGUCAAGUUUGAAGGCCUUGAGAGAACUGAGAAUAGCACCGUUUGCUAAUUCAGGGAGGAUGUCGGAUAACUUUCGACCUACACAAAGUUUGAAUAAUCGAUCGGUGAGGACAAACAUACAGUUUGCCGAACAGCCUAUAGUCAAGUUAUGUAACACGUCUUUACAGUUGAAGGCCUUGAGAGAACUGAGAAUAGCACCGUUUGCUAAUUCAGGGAGGAUGUCGGAUAACUUUCGACCUACACAAAGUUUGAAUAAUCGAUCGGUGAGGACAAACAUACAGUUUGCCGAACAG